AUGCAGGCUGAUGAUGGGCACGAAGAGCUCUUCGGACAUGUCCUCCAUCUCGAAGACCAGUACUACCGCGAAGGCUACCACCUGGGUGUGGCCGAUGGCUCCCGAAGCGGCAGGAUCGAGGGCAGAACUUUCGGACUCGAAAAGGGGUUCGAGAAGUUCGUCGAGAUGGGUAAGCUGCAUGGCAAGGCUGUGCUAUGGGAGGCCCGAUUGCCUGCGACCAUCUCCAGCGACACUCCAGCAACAGCAAACGGCACUACCAACCUGCCACCACUGCAGGCACCAAGUGGCAACGCGAGAUUGAGGAAGCAUGUGGAACGACUGGCUGCGUUGAGCGAUCCGAACGACUUGUCGACAGAAAACAAUGAAGAUGCGGUGAGCGACUUUGACGACAGGCUGAAGGAUGCCAAGGCCAAAGCCACUCUGAUCUCCAGGAUGGCUGGUGAGCAUGACUCAACCACUGAAGCCAGUGCACCAGGACAAAGCGGACGAGAGACAGCAUUGCGAGUGCGGAGGACCGGUGGCAGCGAUGUUGCGAAUACGCCCGCGCGGCCAACAGGAGAAAUGGAAGAUUUUGUGGGGUUGCCCCGAUGA